GCAGGAAAAGAAGAAAGCAGCGAUUGAAAUCCAGUGAACUUGAUUUUCUUUCUCAGCAACCAAACAAGAGGUAACAGGCGUGGGAUCGCGAGGGGGAGUGCAGGCAGCGAGAGUGAAGGGAGGCACAGUGCAGCAAGAGAGAGAGGAAUCACGAGGAAGGAGGGACGACGCAAUCCUACCUCUUGAGGCGGAGGAGGGGUUUGAGAUACAGUUUAAUUAAUCCCUCGUUUUCUUAAGACCCUUGUAAAAUUACCCAAACAGGGUAUUCAAGAAUCCCACCAUUUUGUCAAGACUCCCUUUUAAACCCUUACACAAACACAAACACACCCUAAAAACCCAAGGCAAAGACCUCUUCAAGUUUCCGUGUGGGUUUGAUUUCUGAGAUAAUUUAGUGUCCUUGAUACUGCAUUGUAGCUUAACCAAAGCUUCAGACAUGGCAGAUAUUAGGAAGUGGUUUAUGAAGUCGCACGACAAGGGAAACACCAAGAAACCGGAGGCGACCGUUUCACAGAAGACUGAGCCUAAAGAACCAGUGCAAGGAGGUCAAGAAAAUUCUGGUAGGAGGAAAACGAGCAAGUAUUUCCCCACAGAUAAGCCAAAAGAUGAAAAAGGAACAACUGAAGUUUCAGCCAAAAGAAAGCCUCACAAGGAUCCUGAUGAAUCUGUUAAACCUUCACCUGCAAAAAAAGCUCACAAAGUUGAUGAUGACGAUGAUGACGAUUUUGUCUCUCCUAAUUCGAAGAAGAAAUCAGUUGAUGCUACUCCUAGUAAGAAAUUGAAGAGCACAUCUGGCACGGGAAUCCCACGGAAGGUUACGGCUAUUGAUGAAGGUGGCGAUGAAGAUGAAAAGGUUGCCGAAUCAUCCCUCAAGCCGGCUGGUAGGGGUCGUGGUGGAAGAGGUGCUUCGGCAGCACCAGCUGGUGGAAGAGGCAGGGGUGCUGGACGAGGCGGAUUUAUGAAUUUUGGAGAAAGGAAAGAUCCUCCACACAAAGGAGAAAAGGAAGUUCCUGAAGGUGCUCCCAAUUGUUUAGCUGGCUUGACUUUUGUAAUUAGUGGUACACUUGACAGUUUGGAAAGAGAAGAAGCAGAGGAUUUAAUUAAACGUCAUGGCGGUCGUAUUACUGGAUCUGUCAGCAAGAAAACGAAUUAUCUUUUAUGCGAUGAAGAUAUUGAGGGAAGGAAAUCCUCCAAAGCCAAAGAACUUGGUACGGCUUUUCUUACCGAGGAUGGAUUGUUUGGUAUGAUUCGGGCGUCUAUUGGUGCUAAAGUACCUGUACAAGAAGCAAAGAAAUCUGUGGAUGAUGCUGCAGCAGCAUCUUUGCACAGUAAAAGCCCUAAGAAAGUAACAUUGAAGAAAGAUUGCACCGGAAGCUCGUUGGCAUCAAGUGCAUCUAGCAAACAGUUGCAGUCAGAUGCCUCCCUUGCUAGGCGUAAGAAGCAAACUACCGAGCAUUCUACUUUUACUUGGACAGAAAAAUAUAGGCCAAAGGUUCCAAACGACAUUAUUGGCAAUCAAUCACUGGUAAAGCAGCUUCAUGAUUGGUUGUCACAUUGGAAUGAGCAAUUUCUUGAUACUGGAGAUAAGAAAAAAGGAAAAAACCCAACCAAUUCUGGUGCAAAAAAGGCUGUACUUUUAAGUGGAACACCUGGUAUAGGGAAAACGACGUCUGCAAAGUUAGUCAGUCAGAUGCUUGGUUUCCAGGCAAUUGAGGUAAAUGCUAGUGACAGUCGUGGGAAAGCUGAUUCAAAGAUUGAAAAGGGAAUUGGUGGAAGCAAUGCAAAUUCAAUUAAAGAGCUUGUCAGUAACAAGGCCCUGAGCAUGGAUGGAUCAAAGCAUCCAAAAACUGUGCUGAUUAUGGAUGAGGUUGAUGGGAUGUCUGCUGGAGAUCGGGGAGGAGUUGCUGAUCUUAUUGCUAGCAUAAAGAUUUCAAAAAUUCCUAUUAUCUGCAUUUGUAAUGAUCGUUACAGUCAGAAACUAAAAAGUCUUGUGAACUACUGUUUGCUUCUCAGUUUUCGCAAACCUACCAAGCAACAGAUGGCAAAGAGGUUGAUGCAAGUUGCAAAUGCUGAAGGCCUUCAAGUUAAUGAGAUUGCUCUUGAGGAACUUGCAGAAAAAGUUAAUGGAGACAUGCGAAUGGCAGUUAACCAAUUGCAAUAUAUGAGCCUCUCAAUGUCUGUCAUUAAAUAUGAUGAUGUACGGCAGCGUUUAUUAAGCAGUUCAAAGGAUGAAGAUAUUUCACCAUUCACAGCUGUUGACAAGCUGUUUGGUUUUAAUGCUGGAAAGCUGCGAAUGGAUGAGCGAGUUGACCUGAGUAUGAGUGAUCCUGACCUAGUCCCUCUACUAAUCCAGGAAAAUUAUAUCAACUAUAGGCCAAGUGCAGCUGUUAAAGAUGAUAGUGGUAUUAAACGUAUGAACUUGAUUGCCCGUGCCGCUGAGUCUAUUGGCAAUGGAGAUAUUUUCAAUGUACAGAUUAGGAAAUAUCGGCAAUGGCAGCUUUCCCAAAGUGCUUCUCUUUCAUCCUCUAUAAUUCCUGCUGCGUUGUUGCGGGGGCAAAGAGAGACACUUGAGCAGGGAGAAAGGAAUUUUAAUAGAUUUGGAGGGUGGCUGGGAAAGAACUCAACAUUAGGAAAGAAUCGUAGGCUCUUGGAAGAUUUGCAUGUCCAUCUUCUUGCUUCUCGUGAAUCUAGUUCGGGGAGGGAAACAGUGCGAGUUGAAUACCUUUCUCUUCUUCUGAAACGAUUGACCACGCCUCUCCGUGAACUGCCUAAGGAUGAAGCAGUGCAGGAAGUUGUGGAGUUCAUGAACACUUACUCCAUUAGUCAGGAUGACUUUGAUACUAUUGUGGAGUUAUCCAAAUAUCAGGGGCAUCCAAAUCCGCUAGAUGGCAUAGUGCCUGCUGUAAAAGCAGCUCUGACAAAAGCAUACAAAGAAGGAAGCAAAACAAGGAUGGUACGAGCUGCAGAUUUUGUCACUAUUCCUGGAAUGAAAAAGGCCCCUAAGAAGCGGAUUGCUGCGCUUUUAGAACCAUCUGAUGAUGCAAUUGGAGAGAACAUUGAUGAUACUUUGGUUCAGAGUGAAGAUGAAAAUUCGUCAGAUACAGAGGACUUGGGUUCAGCUGUUGGUGAGAAGCUGCAAAAGGAACUGCAAAGUUUGAACACAAAAGGAGUGCAAGUACAAUUCGAUUUGAAGGGUGCGCCAAAUACAAGUGCAAAGAAGACACCAGCUGGCAGGGGUAGAGGUGGUUCUGCUGCUGCUGCCAGCGAGAAAAGGGGCGGCCGAGGUUCAGGUGCUGGUGCCAAGAGAAAGAGAUGAAGGGGGAUGAAAGAAGAGAUGGAACUUUUCCUUGCAGUGUUGGCAGGUUUUAUAAGCGGAUGAAAAUAGAUAUUUCCUCCGUACACAAAUAAUUUUUGUAGGUGAGGUGAGGAAUGGUAAGAUCUGCAGUUUGAGUGUUUAAUUUACAAGGUUGAUGUUGAUGCUAUUAGUAAUUUCCAGAUUUUUUUUCGACUGCAACAGCAUCUUUUAGAAAUGUGGUAGAUGCGGGCUAGUCAAGUUGACUGGAGCAGCGUAUUCCUCUUCA